AUGGAAAAUACAAAUUUCGAAGUAAUUGAGUCAAACAAAGAAAAUAUCUUACCACUAAAGGAUGGUAGAUCUGCUCAUGUUUUGGCUACAGUAUUAGACCAAGAUUCAUCUACUAUAAAUUCCACAAGAAUUAAAUUUGAAAAGCGUAUACUAGAGGAAGUUGAAGAUUCAGAUGAUCCGUUAAAUAUUUUUAUUGAAUACAUAACUUGGAUAAACCACGUCUAUACUCAAGGUGGUACACUAAAACAAAGUGGAAUGCUAGAAGUUAUGGAAAGGUGCUUAGUAUAUUUUAAAGACAUGGAUCCUUAUAAAAAUGAUCCCAGAUAUUUGAAAAUUUGGUUGGAAUAUAUUGAGUUGUUUGCCUCUGACUCUUUUAGUGAAUCAAGAGAUAUAUAUAUUUAUAUGAUAAGAAAAAAAAUUGCAAUUAAGUUAACUUUAUUUUAUGAAGAUUUUUCUCAAUUAUUAUUUGAUAAUAGGUACUAUUACGAUUCUUAUCAAAUUUUACAAAUGGGAUUACGUGAAAAUUCAUUACCUCAAAAACGUUUGAAAAAUAGGAUCAAAUUACUAGAACAGGAAUUUACCAAUCGAAAAAUCGAUAUAGAUUCAGUUUCAAAUGCUCUAUUAGAUAUGAAUAAUGUUGAACUUCCGUCGAUUGUAUUAGGUAAAGAAAAAAAUGAUAUCCUAUUGCAAGACUCUGAAGCCACUUACAAUUCUACUACGAAGCCAAAUAAUGGUAAAUAUACAAUAUUUAGAGAUGAACCCUCUGCAAAAAAGAAUAUAGGGGUAUUUGAUGAAACUAUACGACGAGCUCCAUGGGAUGUGUUCGAUUCCAAACUCCAUCGAACUAAAGAAAAUAAAAUUUUGGAUGGAUCAAUCUCUAAUGGAUCAAAUAUUGGUAAAUUGAAGCAAGAAGUAGGAUUCAACAAGGUUUUAAAUCCUAGUGAUGGACAUAAACUAUCUAUAUUUAGAGAUAGUCUUGGUUCUUCUGAUCCUGUUUAUAAAAUUGUAGAAAUACAAGGCAGGAAAAAAGAAAAAAUAGAUUGUAAUUUUAAUCUACUAUUUCCUACUGAAUCCAAUGAAGAAUAUUGCAUUGAAGAAUUAUUAGCUAUUUCUAGAGGUAUAUAUAAACAGCUGAGACAUGAAUACCCUCAAAAAAUAGAAGUAAAGACUACACAUCAAAUGGACACUUUACAGGCCAAAAAGAGAAAAGCUUCAUACAUUUUCAAGGAUAAUGAAGUAGCUCCAAUUCUAGCAAUUACUCAAAAUAAUUCUAUAGAGACACAACCAACGACAAAUUUGAUAAAUAAACCAGAAACAUCCAAGAAACUAAAAAUAUUUAAUGAUGAACUGCCAACUCCAGAACCAUCCAAAAUACCUGUCUCUAGACAAGCAUUACAAGUCAAGAAAUCUAUUUCGUUGUCUAAGGAAGAAAGUUUACCUUACAAAAAUGUUACUGAAACGACAACACUUCCACUUAAUGAUACAAUUCAUAAUAACGAACCUCUGAAUUAUAACCAGGAUACUAAUAACACAGAAACCUUUCAUAUCCCUAAGGUAAACAAUGAAGGAACCCCAGGUUCUCCAACCAUGACGUUUUAUUCAAAAGGAGCAGUGAAUGAAGUAUACUCUAUGUUUAACCAAGAUUUUGUUGAAUCAAAUAAGGACGAUACCACCCGUGGAUUUACAAUGUACGAUAAUAAUACAGAAGAGCUGUCAAAGCCUAACUUAGAAGAUUUAACAGAAGUUAAACCAAAUGAGGAGGAUGUAAGUGAUUCAAACUCGAAUACAGAAAAGCUAUUAGAUGAUAAAAAUAUCGCCCCAAUUAAUAAUAUUAAUGCUACUGAUAUUGGAAACUUUGACAUAGACCUUGAUCUUUCCAAAAACAACGAAAAAGUACGGGAGAGAAACACAGCAACAUCCUCAGAUCCCCAGCAAAAGCAAUACAUGACACCAAUAAAAGAACAUACGGAACAUACAAUGAAUAUUUCUGAUAAUCAAGCAAAAGAUUCUCUCGAUUAUUCUAAGUCUGAAUCUGUGUUUAGUUCACCAUUUACAACUCAGCCCGAGGAAAAGGUUAGUCAACAGCCAGGGAGAUAUGAUCAAGUUAUAUCAGAAUCCUUACAAGAUAAACAAAUCUUACAAGAAAUACGUGACUUAGAAGAUAAUAAUGUGAAUAACAUAUCUGAUGGAUAUAAUAUUAUCUCAGAUCCCCUAGAUAUUAAUUUACGUAAAAGCCUUUUGGCUAACAUUAAUCCCUCUUUAGAAAGUUAUCAAACAUUUUUUCAUUAUGAUAAUCCCUUAAAAAAAAGUUCCACUUUGAAAAAAAUACACGAAGCUUCGAAAAACAAUAAUAAAUCACCGAUUGUGGAAUUUAAGAAGGAGAAUGACUGGUAUUGUAUUAGAGGAGAGCUAGGUGAAGGUGGUUUUGCUACAGUAUACUUAGCGGAAUCAAGUUCAGGAUGUCUAAAAGCUUUAAAAGUUGAAAAACCUCAUACAUUUUGGGAGUUCUAUAUAUUAAAACAACUAGAACAUAGAUUACAUGAGGAAAAUAUAUUAAAUUCAAUUAUUAAGACAUCUUCUUUGCACUAUUUUCAAGAUGAAAGUUAUCUUGUUCUCAAUUAUGUUACUCAAGGCACAUUAUUGGAUCUCUUAAAUUUAUACAGAGAAAAUUCUAAAGCAUCAUUAGAGGAGGAAUUAUGCAUUUUUUUCACAAUUGAAUUAAUAAAAGUGAUUGAGAAGAUACACACUGUGGGUAUCAUUCAUGGUGAUUUAAAGCCCGAUAAUUGCAUGUUACGAUUUGAUCCUUGCACUUUACGAGGCUAUAAUACUAAAGGAGAAAAUGGAUGGUCUCAUAAGGGUAUUUUUUUGAUUGAUUUUGGUAGAUCUUUUGACAUGACUCUUCUACCAAAAGAAACAAAAUUUUUAGCUAAUUGGAAAACUGAUCAACAAGACUGUUAUGAGAUGAGAACCGGAUUGCCUUGGAGCUAUGAAAUUGAUUACUAUGGAUUAGCAAGUAUAAUACAUAUGAUGCUAUACGGUACCGUGAUUGACACAAUUAGAUUAAAAGAUGGGACGUUCAAAUUAAGAUCACCUUUUAAAAGAUAUUGGAAACAGGAUAUUUGGAAGGAAGUUUUUUCAGUCUUACUAAAUAGUGGUUCAUAUAAUUCACUACCAAUCAACAAAGAAAUUUCUAAAUUAAGAAAUAUGUUAGAAAACUAUUUAGAACUUGAAUGUUCAGAUAAGAUAAGAACUAUUAUUUUAGGCUUAGAACCAGAAUUACCAAAAUUUAAAUAA